GAGAAGGUCUCAGUCUGGGGGGGUCCCGAGGAGUUUCCAGGUCUCUCCCUCCUGAGCAGCGAUGGGGGCAGGUCGGAUCCUGGGGGCCGGGAGCCGCUGGGCUGGGGCUCUGCUGGUGACACUGACGGUGCUGAGAACCCACCUGGCUCAUUGCACGGAGCCCCCAAAGCGGGUCGUGUUCCAGACGAAGUCUGACUGUCUCUACACCAACGGCACCGAGCGGGUCCGGUUCCUGCAGCGCUACAUCUACAACCGGCAGCCGCUCGCGCACUUCGACAGCGACCUGGGGCGCUACGUGGCGGACACGGAGCUGGGGCGGCCCCAGGCCGAGACCUGGAACAAGGACAAGGCGCACCUGGCGGACAGGCGGGCUGAGGUGGACCGGUUCUGCCGGUACAACUACGGGGGGAUCGAGCCUUUCAGCGUGGUCGGCCGCACAGUCCAGCCCAAGGUGAAAGUUUCCCCCACGAAAUCGGGGUCCCAGCUCCACCCCGACCUGCUGGUUUGCUCGGUGACGGGGUUUUACCCCGGGGGGAUCGAGAUCCAGUGGCUGAAGAACGGGCAGGAGCAGACGGCCGGGGUGGUGUCCACGGAGCUGCUCCAGAAUGGAGACUGGACCUUCCAGAUCCUGGUGAUGCUGGAGAUGAGCCCCCGGCGCGGGGACGUCUACACCUGCCAGGUGGAGCACGUCAGCCUGCGGGGGCCCCUCGCCGUGCACUGGGAGGCGCAGUCUGACUCCGCCAGGAGCAAGAUGCUGACGGGGGUCGGGGGCUUCGUGCUGGGGCUGAUCUUCCUGGCGCCCGGACUCCUCAUCUACCUGAAGAAUAAGAAAGGGCGCCCCGUUCCCCAACCUGCAGGGCUCCUGAGUUAGAUCCUGGGCGUCGGAUCCCCCGGCCGGCAGGAGUUUCCGUCCGUCUGUCCCAGCCCCUCGCCCGGUCCGGAGAAUGCAGAACCUGGGGCCGGUCCCUUCCUGUCCCCGCCUGCCCCCCGCGCUCUGCCCGGCUCCAGCCCGCGCUGCCCCCCCGGGGACCCAUCCCUGCCCCUCAGUCCCAGCAGGGCCCCGGGGCGACCCCUCCUGCGUUAACCCUUUCCCUGCCCCAGCCCAGCCCCACGUUCCCUCUCGCUGACCCCGCGGCCCUCGGGGAAGCUUUGGGGGACGCUGCUCCGCAGCCUGGGGGGAAGCCGGACCGAGGCCGGCGCUGUUAGAACUGCUGCACCCUAAUAAAUCAUCCCAGCCCCCA